AUGCCUCACCACCACCCCGGAACCUGGGCCAGCAAGAGCGACAUCGACCCCACCAACGUCCCUUGGGCAGUCACAACUCAUCUCCUCGCCAUCAACCACGAACAAUUGCUCCGCGUUACAAGACAUCCCUUCCUCGAGCGUGCCGCAAAGGGUACCCUGCCAAAGCCUCUGAUUGCGCAAUGGCUCGCAAACGACAGGCAGUACCUUCAAGGUUAUCUUGCUACUAUCAACCACACCCUCAACCUCAUCCGCAGUACGCACAAGUCAACGACUGCACAUGGUGAGGAGCCAGACAUUCCCACGCGAUUCAUUGCGUGGUUAGAAUCCGCUAUCAAGAAUGGAGAGAGGGAGCUGCGGUUCUUCCAAGAAGUCGCUGAGAUCUACAAGAUCGAUCUUCCGCCCUCACCACUCCAGGAGAGCGUCAAAUCCGAAGGUCUUCGCCGCUAUGAAGCACUGUUCGCUAGUGUUGCUUCCCAGCAACCAAACACAUUCAUGCCGUGGCUCGAAGGCGCCAUUUUACUAUGGUCGACCGAGAAGGUAUAUUACGAGGCCUGGUCCUGGGCCCGCCGACAAGAUGCUCAAUCUUCUCCUCGGAACUACGACAGCGACCAGGACGGCGGUGCGAUGCGCAGAGAGUUCAUUCCCAAUUGGUCAAAUCGCGAUUUCCUCAUGUUCGUUGAGCAGCUUGAGCGCAUUGUCAACGAGGGUGUAAGCGACGCUGUUGACCGAGAUGAUGCAAGAUGGGCAGAGGUCAAGAGCAGGAUUGAUCCUAUUUGGAGGGCCCUGUUAGAUGCUGAAGAGGAGUUCUGGCCAAAUGUACCCAGUGGAGCGGGCAGUCUGGUCGAGCCUGGUGUUAGGCGGGGUGUCGAUGGCAAGAUGGACGGCACCACGCUGCGCAGUACAGGAGAUGACGAGAUCUUGAACGAGAGACAGGGCGUCCGCAGUGGAGAUAUCACCACUUUGCACAGCAACGAGUACGGACAGGUAGUGAACUAG